AUGCCUGCCACACGUGCUCACACCGGGAGCAGCCAGGUUGCCGGUCCAUCCUCCCGACAAGACGCCACCACUACAGGAACACCGUCAAGGCUGCCGGUUCCGUCAACGACCACGCAGCGAAGGAGGGCGACCAGUCAGCAAUCAGCGGACCCACACACCAGCUCAAGUAUAACAACCAGCACGCCCACUAGGCGAGUGACGGCACCAACUUCGACUGCCACAACCACGUCACCUACAGCUCGUAGACAGCCAGUCCUAUCGGACCUCGAGCUCCAGUUCUUCUUCCCGGCACCACAAACCCUGAAGUGUCCGGUAGAGGGCUGCUCCGCGCAAUUCCGGGCCGAAGCAUGGACGGCAGCGAAACAGUCAGUGACCCGACACGUCAGAAGCAUGCACAACAUCAGCGUCGCCAUCAACGUCCACUGCUCCGGCUGCGAUGUAAAGCUGGGCGUAAGACCAGGCUCGCAUAAAUGCACGGUGCUCAUCGCAGUCGACGUGGCGACGACGGCCCGAUUUACAUGCCCCAUCGACGGUUGUGAAAAAUCCUACCCAUCCAAACAGGGCCUAGCGAAUCACAUCAGAAACCAUCGGCGGCAAGACGCCGUCAACGCGGCAACAGUUCCUAUGCCUCGGCCGGCCACAAGGCAACAAAGACGCGUAGACCCACGUCCUGCACCACGACGUGGCGGCGACGCACGCGUCCCUGUACUUCAAGUUGCCGAUGCAGGCGUUCGAAAUAACAACGGGCGUCCAGAGCCAAGGACACCUGGACGCGUAUUUACGGAUGCUACUCGAGACUGGCCAAUAGAUCCCAAAUUCGUGGCUAAUUUUUUUAUAAGCAUUUAA